AUGUCUGCGGCUGUCUCCGCGCAAGGCGGGCCGGCGCCUACUCCACCUCACCCGCCAUCCGAACCCACCUCCACAUCCACUUCCACUCCCACGGCCGCCCAACUAACAUCCGCGACUCUCGACGCGCACCACCCGGACCCCCCCAGCGACGGCAACCUGCAGUCCGUCCUGCACCUCGAGCCCGACACGCCCGGCAACUCCGACACCGACUCGGCCUACGACGGCGCCUCGUCCGCCUCGACAUCCCUCGCCUCGUCCAUCCUCAACUAUGAAUACAGCAAUGGCCGCCGCUACGCCGCCUACCGCAGCGGCUCGUACCUGCUCCCCAACGACGAGCAGGAGCAAGACCGCCUCGACCUGCUGCACCACAUCUUCCUGCUCCUCCUCGGCGGCAAGCUGUACGAUGCGCCCAUAGCCAGCGCCCCCACCCGCGUGCUGGACAUCGGCACUGGCACGGGCAUCUGGGCCAUUGACCUUGCCGACACGCAUCCCGGCACCGAAGUCGUCGGCACGGACCUCUCCCCCAUACAACCCACCUGGGUCCCGCCGAAUCUCAAGUUCUACAUCGACGACGUAGAGAGCGAGUGGGUGUACUCGCCGUCCGAGGCGUUUGACUUCAUCCACUGCCGCACCAUGUCCGGCUCCGUGUCCGACUGGAACCAAUUGCUGGCGCAGUGCUACACGCACGUCGUGCCGGGCGGCUGGGUCGAGUUCCAAGAACCCCUUGCGUUGUGCGAAAGCGACGACGGGACGCUAGAAAGAGCAGUCGAUCUAUGCCAGUGGCAGGCGCUGUGCAACGAGGCGGCGGCGGGAUUCAAAAAGGACCUUUGUCCAUGGCCCAAGGACGCCAAAAUGAAGGAAAUCGGCCGCUACCAGCGCGAGCACGUGCUUCUGGGCAUCGAGCCCUACACACUCGGCUUCAUCGGAAAAGUCCUGGGCUGGUCCGAGGCAGAGUGCCGCAUCCUGAUUGCCAAGGUAGCCAACGAAGUGCGGAAUAGGGCGUUACACAUGUACAUCAAAUUCUACUUUGUGCAUGGCAGGAAGCCUGGGGGCGCGGCGCAUUAG